AGUCGUGAUCUCGUCGUACUUGAACUAGUCCCGAAUUGGCAUCAAUUCAUUCUAUAUGCAAUUCAGUCAACAGCACAUUGGUUGUGUCGUUCGUUUCCCACCCCCUUCUCAGUGGCUCACGAUUAUAAGGAUGUGAAAGAGGCUCAAACACAAACGUAUCAACCGGUGUCAUUAUUGUUUGAAUCCUCGGAGAAUACAUUGUAGCUGUCCGCUAUUGCAAGGCGUAAGCUUUCCAACCCGCAGAUUAGUUCAAAAAGUGGUAUUUAAGUUGUGCAGGACUGGUCAUUAUUCCAAAAUGGCCGCAUCUGUAUACAUCUGGCUCUUUGUCACCAUGACGACGCUUUUCUCAUUGGCUGCUGGGGACCCAACUCCAGCAAAGUGUACACAAGAAGGAGCAUGUAAGUGUACAUUCAACAACGGCGGGAUAAUAGACCUGAGCAAAAUAUCUGGUUUGGAGGACAACGAUCUGCCAUGGAAGAAGGACAUUGAACCGACCGGAAGUUCAACGGAAUAUGUUUAUUCUUACAAACCUUGCUUCGACUUCAACGAGGAUGGAACUGUCGGGGGAAACUGCAAUAACGUUGCGUCAUGUCAGAAAGCGAAGGGAAAAACUGAUCAGUAUAGCUUAGGAAUGUCAGCCAGCGCCAAGUUUAUGGAUGAGAAUGGCGAGAUCAAACUCAAAUAUGCUGCGGAUCCAGAUAUGUCUUCAACGAUAAGGGAAACGUGGGUGACUUUGAAGUGCGCAGACGGUGAGGGUUUUGAGGUAAAGGGCGAGAUCACGGGCACUAAUGCCGGCACGUCGAAAUAUGUAUAUAUUUUAAGUACACCGCAUGCAUGCUGGCAGGGAGGUGCGCCCGGAUCCGGGAUUAUCAGCGUUGGAACUAUUCUUUGUAUUGUAUUACUAGUCGUGAUCGUCUUCUACAUUGUCGGUGGCGUCCUAUAUAUGACAUUCAAAGUAGGCGCCGAGGGCGCCGAGAGAAUUCCGAAUUGGACCUUCUGGAAGGAUUUCCCACUGAUGAUAAAAGAUGGCGCUUGUUUUGCCAUCUCGCCAAUCACGAAGAAGAAUGAAUAUUCAAAAAUGUGAUGAAGGCAUUGUAACCGGCAAUACAUUUUUGAGUAUUGCCCCUCAUUUUUUUGGAAACGCUGAAAGACUCUAUCGCUGUCUUGAUUAUAUGUGGAAACACUGAAAUGUGGGGAGCAACCGAAACACGUCACACCAGUGUUACGGACAUCUGAAAGAGGUCUUUGCAGGGUGUGACAUGUAAAAGAGAAAAUAACCUAUACGCUUGAUCAGAAAACGGUCCCAUUUUUUCGUUGGCUCGGUUUGCAAUAAUGACGAAAAAAGAUGGAUCAUUUUGCUUGGUACUUUUAUAAGAGAUAUUUCAAAAAUGCUUCUUUCCAGUUGACGAUAGUACAUGCAGGAUUUGUAGUGUGCUACGAAUUGGUAAACAAAACGAUUUCCCUCUAUUGCCAUUUCCAAUAUUUAUAGAAAUUCAUUCCCCAUAAUUCCUCAAAUUGAUCUCUCCAAUG